UAAUGGAAAACAAUUUAAUUUGGUUAGAAAAAUAUCGCCCAAAAACUCUGGAUGAAGUACAUGGCAAUUUAGAUAUUGUUGAUAAACUAAGAGCAAUAGCAAAAAUGGGGAAUUUACCUAAUAUUAUAUUGGUUGGUCCUCCAGGAAUAGGGAAGACAAGUAGUGUUCUAUGUUUAGCAAGAUAAAUAUUGGGAGAUUCAAUAAAAGAAAGUGUACUUGAAUUGAAUGCAUCAGAUGAUAGAGGUAUUGAGACUGUAAGAGAAUAAAUAAAAGGAUUUGCAUAAAAGAAAGUAAAUUUAUAGGAAGGAUAACAUAAAAUAGUAAUAUUAGAUGAAGCAGAUAAUCUAACAGAAGGUGCAUAAUAAGCAUUAAGAAUGAUUAUAAGUGAUUAUUCAAAUUCUACAAGAUUUGUAUUAUCUUGUAAUGAUUCAACAAAAUUGAUUGAUGCAAUACAAAGUAGAUGUUGUAUAUUGAGAUUCAAUAGAUUGGGUGAGACUGAAAUUAGGAAUAGAUUAUUAGAGAUAAUAAAAUAAGAGGGUGUUACAUAUACAAAAGAUGGAUUGGAUGCAUUAACAUUUACAGCAGAAGGAGAUAUGAGAUAGGCUAUAAAUAAUUUAUAAGCAACAUUUACUGGAUUUGGAUUAGUCAAUAGAGAAAAUGUAUUUAAGGUAUGUGAUGUACCUAAUGUGGAUGAUUUAAAGAAGAUUUUAGAUUAUAUGAUGAAAGGUGAAUUUUAACCUGCUUAAUCACUUAUGAAAUCUAUUUUCGAUGAUGGUUAUAUGGCUUAUGACAUUACUAAUACAUUCAAUAAAGUUAUAUAAAAUCAUAAUGGAGACAGAGAUCUUUAAUUUGAAUUCCUACGAUAAAUAGCCUUUCUUAAAGCUAGAAUUUUAGAAGGAUUACCAACAUUUUUGUAGAUGUCUGGAUUCAUUGCUAAAUGUUGUAAUAUAUCCAAAAGUUAUCAUAAUAAAUGA